UUCAGUUACAGUUACUACUACCGCAUCAUUGUGUGUGUUUGUGCGUGUGUAUGUGCUUCGUGCUGGAAAAUUUGAUUGCAAGCUGAAGAGAUCCUGACUCAAGGAUAAUCUCUGAAUUUACUUACCACUGCCGACGGCUAAAUAACACGCAUAGGAAUAGAUUAAUCAGCAUAGAAGUGAAAAAAUUUUAAAAAUUAGAAACAUAACCGCUUAAUAAAAAGCUUAAUAAAAAAGCAAAGGAACUAAUAGUUUUUGUUUUUGUUUAACAACAAGUGCAACAUGCUUAAAACUAGUCAGAUAUCCAAAAAUCUGGACUAAGGCCGAUUGGAAAUCACAGUGGAACAGUAAACAAGGAAGAUCCAUAAAAAUGCAGAGCUCAAAAUCAUUUCUAAUACGGGAUCUUCUCGGGGACUUGAUCAAUCGACGACAAACAGAUUCGGAACUCGAACUUUCCAAUGACGAUUCGGAUAUAGACAUCGAGGAUCGAUCCACGCCGGACUCGACGGCUGCGGGCUGCCAGCAGGAUCUGCUCCUGUCGCACCACCACCGCAGGUUCACCCACCACGACGACUCCAGUGUGGAGUCCUGUUUAUCGGCAACGCGAGGUCCAGGAUCCGGAACCGGUUCGGGUGGAGGAGGAGGGGGAGGGGGAGGCGGCGGUGGAGGUGUGGGAAUCCCCGGCGGUCUGAGUGCAGCGGCGGCGGCAGCGGGCGUGGCCGCUGGUCUUUUGGCAGCGGCGGCCAGUGGCGCCAGCGGAGAUCCCAACGGAGGCAGUGGCUCGGGAUCGGGCGGCGGUGGCGGGGGAGGAAGUGGUGGCUACGCGGAGCACAAGCUGCAGCUGAGCAAGAGCGGCAGGAAGCCGCGACGCCGGCGUACCGCCUUCACACACGCCCAGCUCGCCUACCUGGAGCGCAAGUUCCGCUGCCAGAAGUACCUGAGCGUGGCCGACCGCAGCGACGUGGCCGAAACGCUCAAUCUGUCCGAGACGCAGGUCAAGACCUGGUACCAAAAUCGAAGGACCAAAUGGAAGCGACAGAACCAACUGCGCCUGGAGCAGCUGCGUCACCAGGCGACCAUGGAAAAGGACUUUGUGGUGCAGGACGGCGGCGGCGCGGGCGGACUGGGCUGCUGUCCCAGCGGACUGAGCAGCUCUUUUAGCGCCGCCGCCGCCGCUGCAGCGGCUGCCAGCAAUCCGUGCAAUUUUCUCACUUCCGCCGCAGCAGCGGCCAUUUUCCGGAACGUCGGCUAUGUCCACGGAUGUCCCAUGUAG